AACAUGCUCCCAGCCAAGAAGGAACUUAGUUCUUUAAACAGAUACAGCACACCCAUGGGCAGACUAUUCUGUAUCAAGAGGGUGGUGGCUGCACUGACGAGACCCCCUAAAUCCUUAACAAAAGACAAUAUUAAAGGUUUUUAAAAAAUCUCUUUUCACUAGAAUCAUAUUCAGCAAUGUAACUGCUACCAAAGAAUUCUAUAGGAAGGUCUAUCAUAAAGUAGAAUAUAAAAAUCUAAUUUUGUCAUUUAAAAUUGAAUUACCUCAAAGUGAUACCAAUCUACAAGUAAGCGGGUCAAAAUUGUUUAAAGGUAUAGAUGACUGUAUCUUUACAAUUUUUUGGGUUUAAAUCCUUUUGGCAUUUAAAAAAAGCUUAACUGUAUUUAAUUUUCUUUAAAGGUUUGUUAAAAUGCUCAAUGUUUUUAAAAUUUAUUUCCUUCUGUUGCUAGAAUCUGUCGUCAUGAUGACAAGCGAUGACCUACUUCCUAUCCUUAUUUUCCUUAUCAUCAAGUCAGAGAUUCCAAACUGGUUUGUUUAUAUAAUUUUCUCAUCGUGUUACCUCAUACAAGAAUCACCAGAGUUUCGCCCACUUUGAGAUACCACUGUGUUAGCUCAUAACAGAAUUACCCAGUUGACUAUCAUCUUCAUUUAAGCUGCCUUUGUAAUUUUUUUGUUUCUUAUCCACCUUAUUUCACUUCAUUUUUUGGGUGGUUUUUUUUUGGUGAAUCUUUUUUAAAAUUAAUUUUCUCAUGUAUAUUUUUCUCACCUGUUACUUUCGUUGUUUUUUCCCAACUUGCAGGAUGGCAAACCUUGUCUACAUGCGACACUUCCACUUCGCUAAAUCAUCUGAUGAUGAUGAGUUUGGGUAAGUUGUUAAUGUUUGCAAGGCAUCAUUGUGGAAGGAACUAGUAAAGUCAAUGGCCCUUUAUAUUAAUUUUAUUCUUGGAGUCCAUUAGAGAAAUUUUAUCUUUCUAAACCUAGCUUCUCACAAUGCUAUCUUCUCCUGAUUCUAUCUUCUGUAGUUUCUGCCAUCUCUAGUUUCUAUCUUCUCUAGCUUAUGUCUUCUUCAGAUUCUAUCUUCUCUGGAUUCUAUCUUCUCCAGACUCUAUCUUCUCCAGAUUUUAUCUUCAGACUCUAUCUUCUCCAGAUUCUAUCUGGCCUCUAUUGAAGCAGCCCUAGAGCACAUACGGACAGGGAAUAUUAAAGAUGACACUAUUGACAUCAAGCCACUGAAGGUACAGUAAACCUUUCCUUUUUGCAGCAUUGAAGAAAUGAUUACUGUAAAUCAUCUGAAAUUAAUUUAUUAAAUAAUAAAGAAAAUUCCAAAUGCCCUCAAUCUGUAGAACAAAAGGGUCAAAGAGAUACAUGCCAGGAUCUUUGUUUUGAGCUUUACAUUUUUAGGGUAAGGAUUAACUUAGGAAUGUUGUUAAAACUUAACCAAAUGAAAAGUUUUGUUUCUUCAUAUAAAGAACAUCCCUUGAGCCACACUGACAUUUUCACCCAUUGUUAUAAUGAAUUAUUUUUUAUUGCUGCAAGUUUAUGGCUUAAGUGUUCAAUAUAAUUAUGUUGUGUUUAGUCAUUGAUCAAUAACAAUUUUAAAUUUAUUUUGUUUAUUUCUCCUGAUAUCACAAUGAUGAUUUAUUUGAUGAUUAUUACAUAAUUUAUUUCAUGAUUAUAACAUGAUUAAUUGAUGAUCUAUUUCAGAGAGAGAGAUGGAACAGUGUACUUUCAACAGAACCAACUGAUGUGCAGACAACAUCAUCAUCCUCUUCAACAUCAGCCCCAUCACCAGCACGGCAGACAUCUCAGAACACAACCAUUGAUGACUUCUUUAAAGUAGGUCACAUCCCUAAUGCAGUGCUAGUCACGCCCAAAACCAUGUGGCACAGGGAAUGGAAAACAGUCGUUGUAUAUAUUUGUUUCGGUUUCAAUCUGUCUGUCUAGAAAAUAUUUUAAUCAAAGUGAAUUUAAAAUUCAUAAAAAUAACUUGGCUGCGCAGUGAUUCUCAAAUCUCAAUUGAUCUGAAAUUCCAUGAGGACAGUAUUUAGCUAUUUGAAGGGCCACAUGUGUCCUACAGGGAAUGCUUUGAGAACACCUAAUAUAUUGUAUUAAUAGAAAGUGAUACCAGGUAAAAUUAUGGUUGGAGGUAUCACUAUUUUUAUUCUUGCAGGUGUACCUUUAGAACACAUUUAGCUAAAGUUGUGACCAAUUGGUUUUCGUCUAAGAGUGAAAGUUACAUUUUGUGUUAAUGAAUGCAACAUGCUUAUUCUUUAAACCUGACCUUAGCUGGUCCAAGAGGGAGAUGAGAAGAAAGUCUUUGAGAUGUUGGAGCAGCCUCACAAGACCAGCGAGGAGAUAAACCUGAAG